AUCCGGCGUGGUAACAUGCUGGUCUCUACUGAAACGUUGUGAGUAUGCGUAAACUCACAGUACUAAUAACGUAAAGUGUACAUGCAAUUUCUCUCCUCACGCACUAGUAAGAAUGAUAACGUUAAACAAACUGAUUCAGUUAGCGACACGCCAGUCUCGUCAAUUGACUUUCGUGACUCUGGUUUUCGUCGCCAUCGUCGUCGUCUGGAAUCAGAGCAGCAAUUCCAAUUCAAAUCAAAGUCGCCAGUGCAGAAGGAGAUCGCCGGGAACAAAUCAAACGGAAGAAGGACCGCCGAAAUACAUUUCGUCGCUAUGCAACUGCGGCAAAGAAGUUGCGACGGGCAACGUAUCGAUUCGGCCCGAUCCGAACGCGUUCAAGUGGUGCAGUUCGGAAUCUUCCAUCCGCGGAAGGCAUCAGAAAGUCAUCACGUACACGUUGUACGGAAACGUUCACAACGCUUCCGUCGCCAAUCGUUACUACUCUUUGUUGAGGAAUAUUUCGCUGACGGCCGACAGAGAUUACCCUGGAUGGGUUGUCCGGAUUUAUCACAACAUCCGCGAUCGAGGCGGACCCGAGAAAGAAGCUCACAAUCAGCUCUGCGACGUUUAUUGUCAGUUUCAAAAUGUCGACCUGUGCAGCGUGCCUCUUAUGAUCGAGCGGAUCGGCAACAAAACGAUGCCCAUCGAUCCCGCUCUCCUCGCUGGAUUGAAUCCCAAAAUGUUCCGUUACUUGGUCAUGCUCGAUCCCAAUGUCGAUGUAUUCAUUUCACGAGAUGUCGAUAGCAUUAUUUGGCCGAGGGAAGUCGACGCUGUUGAAGAAUGGCUCAAGUCGAACUACACGUUCCACGUUAUGCGCGAUCACACGUUGCACGGUUCCAUCAUUUUGGCCGGAAUGUGGGGAGCCAAACUUCAUCGGCGUAGAGAUCUGAUUGAAGGUCUAAUGCGAGCUUUGGUGCUUGCCGGACAGGAUCAAAUCCGUUGGCAGGACCAAGCCUCGUUGGACACUAUCGUAUGGCCGGCCGCUAAAUAUGACGUGAUGGCCCAUGAUUCUUACCAGUGUCAGAAUGAACAUUUGACACGGACGUCACCACUGAAAGUAUUCCCAUUCCCAACUAAACGUAACGGCAAGUAUUACAUUGGUGGUGCAGGUGGCGAACUCUAUCCCGCUAAAUGCCCAGAGGCCUGUCGACCGCCAGAUCACAAAGACUGGGAAUAUUGCUGAUAAUACAUACGACGGAACUUUCCUUUCAUUUUCCUUUUUUGUCCUGAUAAUAUCAACGCUUAAUGAAAUAAAUAACUAUGUC